AUGGCCAAGACAUCUCUUCCUCCUGGAUUCCGGUUUCAUCCAACUGAUGUAGAACUCACAGUCUACUAUUUAAAGAGGAAGCUACUGGGAAAACACUUACGCUGCAAUGCUAUUACUGAGAUUGAUCUAUACAAGUUUGCCCCUUGGGAUCUUCCAGAGAGAGCUUCCUUGGAGAGUAACGAUCUAGUGUGGUAUUUCUUUUGCCCACGCGAUAGGAAAUAUUCUAGUGGGUUAAGGACUAAUCGCUCAACUGGAGUUGGAUAUUGGAAAGCUACCGGGAAGGACAGGCCGGUGGUAUAUAAUUCUAGGACUGUUGGGAUGAAGAGAACUUUAGUGUUUCAUCUUGGCAAGCCACCACGAGGUGAUAGAACUGACUGGGUAAUGUACGAAUAUAGGCUGGAGGACGAGGAACUAGCUGCUUCUGGUGUUAAACUGGAUGCCUGCGUUCUAUGCAAAAUCUUUCAGAAAAGUGGUCCAGGGCCCAAGAUUGGGGCACAGUAUGGUGCUCCAUUCAACGAAGAAGACUGGAACGAUGCCAGCAAUGUAGAAUGUUCUCCAUGUGCCCCUUCUGUGGCCCCUUGCGUACCUGAAUCAAGUCAUGGUGUGUUGAAUUUUGCUGGUCAACACCUGGCUGUGAGUUAUGAUGGCAAGGUUUCCUUGGGCUCCUCAGCAGAACGUAUCAACAGACCUGCUGUCAAUGGAGUUCAUCCUGAUAGACCUUCUCCUGAUAUUCCUAAUGAUUGCAUACACAUACAACUGCUAGCUGAGAUUAUCAGAUGUUCCUCAAUGCAUCUUUUAUGUACUGGUGGUGAAGAUGGUUUGCUGCCUGAUUCAACUGCUGACUAUGAUAGUGACAAUAGAGUAUCUUUGGAUGAUGUUGAAACAAUAUUCUGUGAAGUGGAUGAGCUUGGGCCCCAGGCUCUGGUGAACAACACUAAUCAUUGUGACUCAUGUGGUGAACAUUUGAUUCACCCUAUGCUGGUAGCACGAGGAGCCGAGCAGUACUUAGAGCUAAAUGACCUGUCCUUUUCUCUCACUGAUGGUCCUGAUUCCUGUGGCAUGCUGUUAUCCAAUGAUGUAUCUGUUGAGCAGCCACCAGAUCUUGAGCUCAGGUUUGAGCAAGUCUCUCCGGCCCACAUCUCCAAUACCGCUAAUGCUUCCACAUCAACAACUGCUGGUUCAUCUGCUUCAGUACCCUUAGCUGAGGAUCACAGGACCUGA